UUCUCUAUCCCUUUUAGUCUGCAUCGAUCUUUCGCAUGAAGCAGAGGAAUCAUCCGUAUCGGUUGCGCAUAAGCCAUUAAGGACGACCGUCCACCUCUUCUUCCUUUGAAACCCGACUGCCAACUCCGUGCCGUUGCUUCUUCCUGUUCCAUCUCCCUCAUGGGUUGCGAGACCUGGCCCUCUGAUGAAGAGCUGGUUGAAUUGCAGAAGUCUGUGGCUGUCCUAGCAAAUUGUGAUCACAAUAAAGUCAAGAUUGUAGUGUCACCUUACAGAAUAUGUCCACUGGGUGCUCAUAUAGAUCAUCAGGGUGGAACGGUUUCAGCUAUGACAAUCAACAGAGGGGUUUUACUGGGAUUUGUUCCUUCUGGUAACUCAAAUGUAUUACUUCAGUCUGGACAAUUUAAAGGAGAAGUAAGGUUCAGUGUUGAUGAAAUUCAGCAGCCAAAGUGUUCAAAUGCUAAUGACAACCAUGGAAAUGAAAAAUCAAAAUGCUAUGAGGAAUGUGCAUGGGGAACUUAUGCAAGAGGGGCAUUAUAUGCCCUGCAAAGAAGUGGACGACAAAUCUCACAGGGCAUCAUAGGAUUUAUUUGUGGCUCGGGAGGACUUGAUAGUUCUGGUCUUAGCUCAUCUGCUGCUGUUGGCAUAGCUUAUCUAUUGGCUUUGGAAACUACAAACAAUAUAAUAGUGUCACCAGUGGAGAAUAUCGAGUAUGACAGGCUCAUUGAAAAUGAAUAUUUAGGUUUGGAGAAUGGAAUCUUGGAUCAAUCUGCAAUUUUGCUCUCCCGCAGUGGCUGUCUUACAUGCAUGAACUGCAAGACUAAGGAAUAUAGUCUUACACCUCUGCCAAAAGAGGAAGGAAAUCCAGAUGUAAAAGGACAGACUACCUUUAAGGUAUUAUUGGCAUUUUCUGGCCUCAGGCAUGCAUUGCCAAGCAAUCCAGGAUAUAACCUUCGUGUUUCUGAGUGCAGAGAAGCUGCUAAAGUUCUUCUGGAGGCAUGCGGCAAAGGAAAGCUUAAGCCUCUUCUUUGCAAUGUUGGUUUUGAUGAGUACAAAAUUUACAAGGACAAGUUGAGUGCUGUUCUAGCUAGAAGAGCAGAACAUUAUUUCUCAGAAAAUCUUAGAGUUACUGAAGGUCUUACAGCUUGGAGCGCGGGUAAGUUGGAGGAAUUUGGAAAGCUGGUUUCAGAAUCUGGCCUCAGCUCCAUCAAGAAUUAUGAGUGUGGCUGUGAACCACUAAUACAAUUAUAUGAGACAAUUCUGAGAGCGCCUGGCAUAUUUGGUGCAAGAUUCAGUGGUGCUGGAUUUCGAGGAUGCUGUUUAGCAUUUGUUUCUGCUGACCAUGCAGCCGAAGCUGCAACUUUCAUAAAACAUGAAUACAGAGCCCUUCAACCGCAGUUAGCAUCACAACUCAGUGAUGACACUGCUGUAUUAAUUUGUGAUGUAGGAGAUGGAGCUCGUGUGAUCGGAUGAAAUAUGUUUUCCUUAUCAUCAUGUGCUGUCGACAUUGCAAAUGCACGUGCAGGCAGAAGCAGGAACACGUUGGGUGCUUAUCCUAGCACCGCUGAGAAUCAAGUUUUUUUUUUCCAUAGCAGUAACUUCUCCACCUGCGGAGUCCUGUCAUCUAGAAGCAAUAAUGAUCUGCUGUUCUUCAUUGUAUUCUUUUAGCAAAAGACGAGCGAUUCAGUUAUGCAAAAUUCAUUUCAUUGAAGGAGUGAGUGGAAGGUACAUGUGGGGACUCGUGAACUCAUUUUUGCGCAUAAAUGUUACCUUGUAAGGUCAAGGACUAACUUUUUGGCCGUUAAAUAAGGUAUUGUUUUUUA